GAUGGGUUCUGGUACAAGAAUCCCCAUUCGCUUCCAAGGAACCAAAAUCCGCGGCGGACCCAAGGGUGUAGGGGGGAUGGGACUAUUUCCUGGCGCCAUUAUUGCAGCUCGUGGUAAAAACGGAGGUGGUGGAUGUUUUGUAGUGGAGGAGUUACUCACCCUCCCUCGCUUGAAACCGCCGCCGUUACCUUUGGGGAACGCGGAUUCAUCCUUAUCCAUGUGCAUAGCAUGUGGACCAUUUACGCCCGAUACUGAUCUUGAAUAUCAACCAUUCCAUCAAUUAAUUCACACCUUGAAGUCGACCAAACCAGCUAUUGUAUUGCUCAUAGGGCCUUUUAUUGACUCUGCUCACCCAUACAUAAGAGAUGGUGAAGUAGACCGGACUCCAAAGGAAAUGUUUCAAACCCUCAUACUAAAUCUGCACGACUUUCUGAAAAUAUCUGGAACUAGCAACGUUUUAAUGGUUCCUAGCAUCCGGGAUAUUAUCAGCGACCACAACGUGUUCCCACAAUCUGAGCUUGAUGAAAAACUUAAAAAUCUUGAAAAUAUCGAUAACCCUGAAAAACUUGAAAUCUUUGAAAAUCCCGGAAACCGUAAAAAUCACCCUCGAAUUCACUUCCUAUCAAAUCCUUGUCGAUUCUCCCUAAAUGGUAUUUCAUUUGCAGUCAGCAGUGUCGAUGUUUUAUUCCAUCUUCGAAAAAACGAACUUUUCAAGCGUGGGGCGGAGGUCGAUCCUCAGUCAUCCUCUGUCCUUUCUGCCAAUGAUCCUAUGUCAAAUUUGUGUCGACAUAUACUACAGCAAAGAAGUUUCUAUCCAAUUUUUCCCGUUCCGCUUGAUCUAACAGAUGAAGUUAAUCUUGACGUCUCGCAUUCUGAAGGACUAAAACUAGUUGAUGGGCCCGAUCCAGUCGCCCCUGACGUCCUUAUUGUGCCAAGUAGACUGAAACAUUUUUCAAAGGUUGUGGAUGACACUGUUUCCAUAAAUCCAUCUUUCUUAUCGAAAGGCACAUAUGCAACUGUUUCUUUAGAUGAUAGCAAAACAUCUGGAUCGUUUGUAGAAAGGGCUAUAGUUGAUCUAAAUAGAUUAUCCUAAGAGAGGAGAUGUUGUAUUGUAUUAUAUCCCUGAUAUCUCAUUUUAUUGACUA